UGUAUGUUGCUAGUGUCUCGAAUCUGAGAAAACCUGCCUGCCAAGGGCCACGCGAAUCGCGCACACACGUACGGUCGGGAUACACGGAAUGUUUGCACUUUUCGAUUUUCUCAUGUAGCCAACAAACUGUCCGGGAGAGGAGGACGCUGCCACUUUUGGCCCUAACUGAAGGAAACCCCGGGAGUACUGGACGGAUUCGGUGCGAUCGGUUCCGUUUGUUACGCUGGUCGAUGGUUUUGCGGGGUUGUGUUUCGCAUGCUGAUGUUAAUGUUGGCAGGCUUGAAAUGCCAAAGUGAAAAUUUCGAAUUAUUGGAUGAAUUACAGAAUGUUUACGGUGACGAGUUGCUGCGAAUAAGCCUAUGAUUUACCACGAAGAAUAUCGUUAAAUUUUACCAAAAGGCAAUCAGUGAGAAACCGUGACAUGGUGCUAUGUUUUAAGUGACAAAAGAAAACAACAGGAAAAAUUGAAAUGAUAGUGGUCAACGAGGGCCGGAAAGAAUAAGUUUUACCCUACAAGAUACCCACCAGAAGAAAAAGAAGUAGUAACUCAUUUCAUCAGAAAGGGUUGUGCGUCUCCGUCGAUUGAUUGCUAUCCACCAGCACCAGCACGAGAAUCACCGACGGGGCCAAUAAACGUAUACAAAAAUCGUCUAGGCCGCCAUUGCUGCCAUCACUAACAAACGCACAAAUCAACAACCGUAAAGGCUUUAGGUAGUCCCGCUCAGUGCAAAACAGUGAUCGCUCGGUGGCAGUAACGAAGUCAGACAAAAAAUAAUCGUUCACAGUUUUGGCACCGGGGUCGGAAAAACCAGGCGGCGCAGCGGAGGGCUGCUGGUGUGGAGCCUCUUGGAGUUAUGGUAGCAGGAAAAAAGUUGUUCCAUGAAUAAAUAGUAUCGCGCGGGCGUGUCCACUGGGAGUCGCAGCACCGGAAUGGAAUGCCAUUUACCAACCAGAAUUUAUGCAUAGGUGAAUGUGAAAUGCAUGUGUAGGGCAUUGGGAUCGGCAGGUGUAUCAAUAGCAGGGCAUCAAUUAUAAAUUUGUUAUUUACACAGUGGAAAGGAAGGGGCGCCAAGAAGGGUGGAAAGCUGGAAAAAAUGUAUUAAAUUUGCAAAAGUUGAAAAAGAAGAAAAGCGAAUAAGAGCGAAAAGUAUGUAAAUUAUUCUUCGGUUGAAAGUUUCUUUUUUUGUUUUGUAUAUCGAUCCCCGGACCCGGCGCAUAUAUGAAGUUGGCCCAUCAGUCGGCUGCCGGGGAAGGAAUGCAGUGGUGGUGAAUUUAUGAAUCCUCUGGGAAUCCCGGUUGGGAAAUUGAAUAUUUUUGCUCAAAUUUGUGCCAGCCAUUAUUCCUGAUUUCCUUGCUCCUUGCAAGGGCCGACUAGAGGGGGACUAGGCGGGAGAAAGUGCAGUUCCUUACAGAACCAUGUUAAAAGCAAGGCCAGCGACUGCGGCGCUGCCUACGGCGGCUGUGCUAGGACCGGCGAUAGUGACUCUGCUCUGCGCGGUGUCGCUACUGGCCGGUGUGCGGUGUGACUAUGAAAAUACCUGGAACUUUUACUACGAGCAACCCUGCUGCGGAGGAAACAGUAAUGGGCAACACCACCUGAGGCAUCACAGAGACCAUGUGCGAGAGUUCCAGUGCGGGAAGUUCUACUAUCGAACGUUUCACCUGGACGAGGAACGGGACUCUCUCUACGUGGGAGCAAUGGACCGAGUCUUCAGGUUGAAUCUGAAAAACAUAAGCAUGACAUCUUGCGAGCGAGAUGCCAUUGUCCUUGAUCCGUCCAGCUCGGAUAUUCGAAAUUGUGUGUCCAAAGGAAAAAGUGAGAUGUUCGACUGCAAAAACCAUAUACGGGUGAUCCAGCCGAUAGAUAACGGAAACCGAUUGUACAUCUGCGGAACAAACGCACACAACCCGAAGGAUGUAGUGAUAUACUCCAACCUCACACAUCUAUCACGGUCGGAGUUCGUGCCCGGAAUCGGUCUCGGCAUUGCCAAAUGCCCGUACGAUCCACUGGACAAUUCAACGGCCAUCUACGUGCAGCAGGGCAACCCCGGCGAUUUACCCGCGCUGUACUCGGGAACCAACGCUGAAUUCACCAAGGCAGACACUGUUAUUUUCCGAACCGAUCUGUACAACAUGACGACCGGCAAGAAGGUGUUCAACUUUAAGCGUACCCUGAAAUACGACUCCAAGUGGCUUGAUAAACCGAACUUCGUGGGCACGUUCGACAUCGGCGAGUACGUGUACUUCUUCUUCCGGGAGACGGCAGUCGAGUACAUUAACUGCGGAAAAGCUGUUUACUCGCGAAUCGCACGCGUUUGCAAAAAGGACACCGGCGGCAAAAACAUCCUGAAUCAGAACUGGGCCACCUAUCUGAAGGCACGAAUCAAUUGCAGUAUUUCCGGCGAGUUUCCGUUUUACUUCAACGAGAUACAGGAUGUAUACCAGCUGCCGUCGGAUAAAUCCAAAUUCUACGCUACCUUCACGACCAGCACCAACGGUUUGGUGGGAUCGGCAGUUUGCAGUUUUGACAUCGGGGAGGUUCAUGCAGCCUUUGCAGGCAAAUUCAAGGAGCAAGCCACAUCCAACUCGGCCUGGCUUCCGGUGCUGAACUCGAAGAUUCCGGAUCCACGGCCGGGUACGUGCGUCAACGAUACCUCCACCCUGCCGGACUCGGUGCUCAACUUUAUCCGCUCGCACCCGCUGAUGGACCGGGCCGUCAACCACGAGCACAACAAUCCGGUCUUCUACAAGCGGGAUCUCGUUUUCACCAAGCUGGUCGUCGACAAGAUUAAAAUUGACAUCCUAAAUCAGGAGUACACAGUUUACUACAUUGGCACAAAUGCGGGUCGCAUUUAUAAGAUCGUCCAUUACCUUUCCAAUGGCGAGUCCAAAUCAAAACUUUUGGACAUUUUCGAAAUUGCUCAGAACGAAGCCAUUCAGGUGAUGGAGAUCAGCCAAUCCCGCAAGUCGUUGUACGUGGCAACCGAUUAUCGCAUCAAACAGGUUGAUUUGGCCAUGUGCAACCGUCGGUACGAUAGUUGCUAUCGGUGUGUCAAGGAUCCGUACUGUGGUUGGGAUAAAGACACCAGCACUUGCAAACCGUACGAGCUUGGAUUACUACAGGACGUCGGUAACGAAACAUACGACAUUUGCGACACCAGCGUAUUGAAGAAGAAGAUCAUCGUCACUUACGGUCAGAGUGUUCAUCUGGGAUGCUUCGUCAAGGUGCCGGAGAUAUUGAAGGACCAAUCCGUUACCUGGUAUCAUCACUCGAAGGAAAAGGGACGCUACGAGAUAAAGUACAAUCCGACGAAGUACAUCGAAACCACGGAACGUGGUCUGGUUGUGAUUUCGGUGAACGAAGCCGAUGGCGGGCGGUACGAUUGUCAUCUUGGGGGGUCACUGCUCUGUAGCUACAACAUAACCGUGGACGCCCACAGAUGCACACCACCUAACAAGAGCAACGACUAUCAGAAGAUCUACUCCGACUGGUGCCACGAGUUCGAGAAGUACAAGUCAGCGAUGAAAACCUGGGAGAAGAAGCAAGCACAAUGUUCAUCCAAGCAAAACUAUAGCAAUCAACAUCCCAACGAUGUUUUCCAGCGCAAUCCCAACGUCUGAUACCAAGGACCAAACUUUGACACUUCAACAUCGAAUAGCUUGUCCACUACCUUUGGUAGGGUACUACAAUCAACUAAAUGAACUGUGAUACCCUUAAUGAUCCAAUAAUAAGAAGCAAAAAAAACUGAAAACAAACAAAAAAAUAGUAGGAAACGCUGUACAGUAUUGCGAAAAUAUAUCACAAAUUGCUGGAACAAAUCUCAUCCCCGCGCGACCAUUCACGAACCGGACAAGAAGACGAUUCGAUUCGUGCAGUGGGUAAAAGUACAUUUUUGAUUUUCCUUGUUGAGCGGAAGUUAUUUGGAAAAUUGCAGCUGCAGCAGCAGCAGCAGCAGAGGAAAAUCGAAUGAACAAAAAAAAUAUAUAUAUAUACUAUUACUAGCCAAUUCCAACGAGCUUGCGAUCAUCUUAACCCCGGAGUAAAUCGUAGAGGUUGUCAUUUUUUCAUCUCUAUCUGGACGUCAGUAGAGCCAUUGUGUAGCGUUUCAAGAUUGUAGAACGCCUCUAAUUCCCGACCCCAAACUGUAAAUACCGCACGCUUACUGACUACUGCACCGUUAGAGAAGAAGAAGAAAAAAACGUUACUGAACCACGGAGAUUAAGCAUAAAGCAUACCCUUAUUUUUGAAGUUUAGUUUAUUUUCCACUAACAAGGUAAUUCGUAGGUAAACGAUAGAUAACAAACUAGCAUUUUAUCAAAGGAAAAGCAAUUUAAUGCCACGAACCUCGGAACCGCAAGAGGAGGCCCAGUGAGCUAACAAAAAUAACACAUAAGACAAAUCAAUCCACAACAAAAAAACACAAAAACCCUAUCGCCAACAUCCCAUAUAGUUCCCCGUUUCUCUCAAUUUCUCCUUUUACGAAAUAGAAAUAAAACAGAACAAAAAAAAAAAUACAGAAUUUAUCACGAAACUCCACUCUCUGUCUCUCAUCCAGUGUAACAAAUCCGCAUCCUAUAUGCAUUAUAUUCUCUCUUUCAAACUUGGUAGAAAUUCACUUUCAUCAUACAACAUCGAUCGAAUGUGUGUAUGUAUGUAUGUGAUGUAUGAGCAAAUUUUAUGACAAAGAAGAGAACACAAAUAGCAGCAGAACAGCAGAAAUAGCAACAACUGAAACAGUAACAGCAACAACAACAACCAAACACAGAGAAUCGGUAUUUUUUUGGUGCAAAUUCGAUAUUAAUGCAAUACCCGCAGACAUAUCACCCUCCAAGAAGAAAGAAACUAAAACUAAAACAAAAAAGAAAACGAGUAGUAAAUUAAAGAAGAAAACAAAAACCGAAACGAGCACGCAACUGCGAGUAUAGCAAGAAAGUAAGUACAUUAAAACAAAAAGAAAAUCGAUAGUAGCAAACAAUCGCAUUUGAAAGAGAAUGAUGGUGUGAGCAUGCGAAUGGCGAGGAUGAUGAUGCGAUGAUGGUGAUGAUUAAGGACGUUAUUAAAACAGGAAUGAAUGAUUGAUAGUUCGUAGAGAGAGAGAGAGACAGCUGGCUUAGGGAACGGCGAAACAAGAUGAGCAAUGCGAACCCUUUUUGUACAUACAGAAAAGUAUUACAUCUAGCCCUAAGUUUCUAUUAGACGGUUAAGACUGAGACGUAAGAACAAUGUUUAAUUUGAUUUCUUAUAACUGCUUUUUUGUACGUGAAUCUAAU